AUGCCUUCCGCUACCGGCCAAAACUGGGAGAAAUACCAGAAGACCUACGCCGACGACGAGGUUGAGGAGAAGAAGAUUACACCAUUGACCGAUGAAGACAUCCAAGUGCUGAAGACCUAUGGCGCUGCUCCGUACGGCGCCGCCAUCAAGAAGCUCGAGCAACAGAUCAAGGAGAAGCAAACAAGCGUAGAUGAGAAGAUUGGUGUCAAGGAAUCCGACACGGGUCUUGCCCCUCCUCACCUGUGGGACGUAGCAGCAGACCGGCAACGCAUGUCGGAAGAACAGCCUCUCCAGGUCGCCCGGUGUACGAAGAUUAUCCCCGACGAGAAGGACGACUCCAAGAGCAAAUAUGUCAUCAAUGUCAAGCAGAUCGCCAAGUUCGUCGUCCAGCUCGGCGAGAGAGUGAGCCCCACGGAUAUCGAGGAGGGCAUGCGGGUUGGUGUCGACAGGAACAAGUACCAGAUUCUUCUGCCGCUUCCGCCCAAGAUCGAUGCCAGCGUCACGAUGAUGACGGUCGAGGAAAAGCCGGACGUUACAUACGGAGAUGUUGGUGGAUCAAAGGAGCAGGUUGAGAAGCUGCGAGAGGUCGUUGAGAUGCCCCUCCUCUCGCCGGAGCGGUUCGUCAACCUCGGCAUCGACCCCCCGAAGGGUGCCCUUCUGUACGGACCUCCCGGUACUGGCAAGACCCUUUGCGCCAGAGCCGUUGCCAACAGAACGGACGCCACCUUCAUUCGCGUCAUCGGCAGUGAACUGGUCCAGAAGUACGUCGGUGAGGGUGCGAGGAUGGUGCGCGAGCUUUUCGAGAUGGCACGGACGAAGAAGGCCUGUAUCAUCUUUUUCGACGAAAUCGACGCCAUCGGUGGUGCCCGUUUCGAUGACGGUGCCGGCGGAGAUAACGAAGUCCAGAGAACCAUGCUGGAGCUCAUCACGCAGCUCGACGGCUUCGACGCCCGAGGCAACAUCAAGGUCAUGUUCGCCACCAACAGACCCUCCACUCUCGACCCCGCUCUGAUGAGACCGGGACGUAUCGACCGUAAGAUUGAGUUCUCUCUGCCCGACCUCGAGGGUCGUGCCAAUAUUUUGCGUAUCCACGCCAAGAGCAUGUCGGUCGAGCGCGAUAUCCGGUGGGAGCUCAUCUCCCGCCUGUGCCCCAACGCCACGGGUGCUGAGCUUCGCAGUGUCUGCACUGAGGCCGGCAUGUUCGCCAUCCGUGCCAGGAGAAAGGUGGCGACGGAGAAGGACUUCCUCAGCGCCGUCGACAAGGUCAUCAAGGCCAACCUCAAGUUCAAUUCGACGGCCAGCUACAUGCAAUACAACUAA